AUGGCGUCUCGGAGACUAGCACUCAACCUCUCGCGAGGUCUACAAACCCGCCGAGCUGGCUUUACGGCCGCCUCCUGGAAGCGAGGUUUCGCGUCCGCGGCCUCGGGACUCAAGACUCAGACCACGACACUCAAGAACGGCUUGACGGUCGCUACCGAGUACUCGCCAUGGGCACAGACUUCGACGGUCGGUGUCUGGAUUGACGCUGGCUCCCGAGCCGAGACCGACGAGACCAGCGGCACCGCGCACUUCCUCGAGCACCUUGCUUUCAAGGGCACCCAGAAGCGUUCGCAGCACCAGCUCGAACUCGAGGUCGAGAACCUCGGUGGUCACCUCAACGCCUACACUUCGCGCGAGAACACCGUCUACUUCGCCAAGGCCUUCAACUCCGACGUUCCCCAGUUUGUCGACAUCCUUUCCGAUAUCCUCCAGAACUCCAAGCUCGAGGAGUCCGCCAUUGAGCGCGAGCGCGAUGUCAUCCUGAGGGAGUCCGAGGAGGUCGAGAAGCAGGUCGAGGAGGUCGUUUUCGACCACCUCCACGCCACGGCUUUCCAGCACCAGGCCCUGGGCCGCACAAUCCUCGGCCCCCGCCAGAACAUCCGCGACAUCACCCGCUCCGAGCUCACCAACUACAUCAAGAACAACUACACUGCUGACCGCAUGGUUCUUGUCGGUGCCGGUGGCGUCCCCCACGAGAAGCUGGUCGAGCUCGCCGAGCAGCACUUCUCUGGCCUGCCCAGCAAGGGCCCCGAGAACCACGCGUACCAGCUCUCCAAGAAGAAGGCUGACUUUAUCGGCUCCGACGUGCGCGUCCGCGACGACACCAUGGGCACUGCCAACAUUGCCCUCGCCGUCGAGGGUGUCAGCUGGGACUCGGAGGACUACUUCACCGCCCUCGUGACCCAGGCCAUUGUCGGCAACUACGACAAGGCCAUGGGCAACGCGCCCCACCAGGGCAGCAAGCUCAGCGGCUUCGUCCACAAGCACGACCUCGCCAACAGCUUCAUGAGCUUCUCCACCUCGUACAGCGACACCGGUCUCUGGGGCAUUUACCUCUCCACGGACAAGAUCACCCGCGUGGACGACCUCGUGCACUUUGCCAUCCGCGAGUGGAUGCGCCUGUGCUCCAACGUCUCGCCCGCCGAGGUGGAGCGCGCCAAGGCGCAGCUCAAGGCCUCCAUGCUGCUGUCCCUCGACGGCACGACCGCCGUGGCCGAGGACAUUGGUCGCCAGAUCGUCACCACCGGCCGCCGCGUCGAGGCUGGCGAGAUUGAGCGCAAGAUCAACGCCAUCACCGAGAAGGAGGUCAUGGACUUUGCCAGCCGCAAGCUGUGGGACAAGGACAUUGCCAUCAGCGCCGUCGGUGGCAUCGAGGCCCUCUUUGACUACCAGCGUCUGAGGAACACGAUGAAGCCCAAGUUUUAA